AGCAGACUGAUCUGGGCUCUGUGUCGAGUGGUGAUGACCAUCUCUGAGGAGCAGCUGCGCAGAAGUGAUGCUACAGUGCCCUUUACCACCUCAGCAGCUACUCGUAGGUACCCGCUAUACCCGCACAGCGCAUUCGCUAAUCGAGACACCCUGCGAACAAGUCCUCGUGGGUUCGUUAUUACACACUGGCUUUAUCACACAGAUACGGACUACCUCGUGGCAUUGUCGAGGCUGGUGGAGUCUGACUGAACUGCUUCAAGCAACAUACUAGUACAAUAGUCCACAAGAGGCGCAAAGUCUGUCCUCGUAUCUGUAUCCUUGUGCUGCAGCAGAUCAACGCCAUCCAUCGGUUCCUGCAGACGACCCAAAACCAUAACCGUCGCCAUGGCCAUUGCCACUGAUAUCCCCAUCAUUGACUUCACCCAGGCCUCAUCGUCGCCGGAUCAGGUGGCCAGAGAGCUGCUCAGAGCGUGCACUGACUGGGGCUUCUUCUACGUCAAAAACCACCCAAUACCCCAAGAGGCCAUUGAGGGCAUCUUCGAUUUGGAAAAACGCUUCUUCGCCCAGCCGCUCGAGACCAAACUAGAAGCACCCUACAUUGCCUCGAAAAACGCCGGCUACAAGCCUGCCAGCUCGUAUGGGGCGGAUGCCAGGUUCACCGACCCUCGUGAAGCCAUCAGCAUCAACAAGUGGCCGACGAUCGGGCAUGCCACAGCAGCACCCCUUCCUCCCAUCCUCUCCGACGCUCGGCAACAGAUAUUGUCCUUCCAACAGGAGGUCCGUCUCUUCACCAAGCAGCUCCUCGAACUCAUCGCGUUGGCGCUCGAUCUCCCGCGCGCGACGUUCGCACGAUACCAUGGCCCGGACAAGGAAAACUUUGACAACUUCGAGCUAAUGCACUAUCCGCCCGUUACGCCCGGGUCAGACACUUCCCAAGGGAUCCCGGCAUUCCGCAUCUCGCCUCACACGGACUGGGGGACACUGACUCUUCUCUUCCAAACCACCAUCGGAGGCCUCGAGGUGCGUCCGCCCAAGUACACCUCCCCGGACUUGUCUCUGGACACCGAGACGUGGAUGCCAGCACCGGCUCGGCCGGACCUGGUCCUCGUGAACAUCGGAGACAUGCUCGAGUUCUGGACGGCGGGCAAGUUGAAGAGCACGUGGCAUCGUGUCGUCCCCACCGCGACGGAGGGCGGGUUGGAUCGGUACACGUUUGCGUAUUUCCUGCAUCCGGAGAAGGAUGCGGUUCUGGUUCCCAUGCAGGGCAUGGAGAAGCAAGGUUGGGUGCCGAGAUAUGCCGGCGCUGGGAGGACGGCCGAGGAGCAUAUCCAUGCGCGGAUCGAGACCGUGCAUGGGAAAAGCAAAGUGAAGGCUGAAGACAAGAACCCUGAUCUGGCCGAGCGUAAGGGAGUGCUCGAGACCGGCGCGGGUGAAAUCGAUGCCCGUGCAUGACAAGAGUUGCAGGCUAUGUUUUUGAAUGCCAACCAUCUCCAAUGGAUUGUCCUCUCAUCUCAGUUUGAGACCAUGUGCUUGACUGCAGUGCUUGAGCAUGCGUCGUUGUUGUACCAGUAAGUCUCAAGAUAGGGCUCGGAGCAAGUUCGUAAAGCGGAUGCGAAUUCUGAACAUCGUAAAUUUGUGAUGCUAUAAAGAUAU